GGUGUACCAUAAUCAUUCAAUCCAACUGUAUUAAUACGUCUCCAGGCUCGUAACUCUGCUUCGCUGUCUGCAUUAUCACACACCCUCUUCAUUGUUCGUCCAGUAACCGUAAUCCGCAGGACAUUACGGACUGUCCGCCGAGCCUCAAAAGCAUGGCAGCGGCUGAAGACCCCGCACACGUCCGAUUUCUCCAACUUGCGCUGGAAGAAACUGCCAAGUGUACACCAGUGUCCACUGCCUUCUGCGUCGGAUGCGUCAUCGUCGACCCAUCUGGGACAGGCCCGCAUGUCGUGUCGACUGGUUACUCGCGCGAGCUGCCGGGAAACACACACGCUGAGGCGAACGCGCUUGCUAAGCUACCCGAGCAUGCGGGGCAUUAUGGACUCGACCUGUACACCACACUCGAGCCCUGCUCUGUCAGGAUGAGCGGGCUGCAACCAUGUGCAGAGGGGAUCGUGCAGUCGGGAAGGGUGAAGCGGGUCUUUAUCGGGGUUGGAGAGCCGGAUGACUUCGUCAAAUGUGAUGGAGCGAAGUACCUGUUGGACCAUGGGGUAGAGGUAGUUUGGGUAAAAGAUCUUGAGGAGCAGUGCUUAAGUGAGGCAAGAAGAGGGCAUUGAAUUAUCGGUCAGACGUCCUUUAAUUGUCUCCAGCCAAUGUAUUAUC